CGCCUCGUCACCCGGGCUGAAGAGGCGCUUCUUCUCCGCUCCAGGCCCAGGCGCCCCCUCAGGGUCGUACCUGCCGCCGGCAGCCGCAUGAGCUCUCGGCGGCUCCUCCCGCGGGCAGCGCCUCCCCCCUUAUGGAGGAGCCGCUCCCUCGUCGCCCUCCUCCUCCUCCUCUCCCCGCAUGGAGCCUUUCGCAGCCCGCAGCCCGCGCCGCCCCGCUCACCCGCCGCUGCCGGCGGACGGCGCGGACGGCGAAGAGGAUGAGGGCGCGGCGGCGGCGGCCACGGCCAGCUGGAGGACGGCGGCGUCGGGAGUGGCCUCGUGCGAUGGCGGCGGCGGCCUGCUGUGGACGGCCGUGUUCGAGUACGAGGCGUGCGGCGAGGACGAGCUGAGCCUCCGCCCGGGCGACGUGGUGCAGGUGCUCUCGCAGGACUCGCAGGUGUCCGGAGACGAAGGCUGGUGGACCGGCCAGCUCGACCAGCGCGUCGGCAUCUUCCCCAGCAAUUACGUGACCAGCAGCUGCAGCAGCAGCAGCCGUCUCUGCCUCCGCCAGGGGGGCGCCGCCGAGCUCCAGUCCCGCUACUCGCAGACGCCCGCCAUACAGUUACGGGAGAUUGACUUCUCUGAGCUGGUUCUGGAGGAAAUCAUUGGAAUUGGAGGCUUUGGGAAGGUCUAUCGUGCAAUUUGGCUUGGAGAAGAAGUUGCCGUCAAGGCAGCUCGGUAUGAUCCAGAUGAAGACAUCAGUGAGGCUAUUGAGAAUGUCCAUCAAGAAGCCAAGCUCUUUGCCAUGCUAAAACACCCCAACAUAAUUGCACUUAAAGGCGUAUGUCUAAAGGAACCUAACCUUUGCUUAAUCAUGGAGUUUGCCCGUGGAGGGUCACUGAAUAGGGUGCUGUCUGGUAAAAGAAUCCCACCAGACAUACUAGUGAAUUGGGCUGUCCAGAUUGCUGGAGGAAUGAACUAUCUGCAUGAUGAAGCAAUUGUUCCUAUUAUACACCGGGAUCUGAAGUCCAGCAACAUAUUGAUACUUGAGAAAGUGGAAAAUGGAGACCUAAACAACAAGAACUUGAAGAUCACAGAUUUUGGCUUAGCCAGGGAAUGGCAUAGGACGACCAAAAUGAGUGCUGCUGGGACGUAUGCUUGGAUGGCUCCUGAGGUCAUCCGUUCCUCCAUGUUUUCUAAAGGCAGUGAUGUGUGGAGCUAUGGUGUGUUGCUUUGGGAACUACUAACUGGGGAAGUACCAUUUCGAGGAAUUGAUGGCCUAGCAGUAGCAUAUGGUGUUGCCAUGAAUAAACUUGCCCUUCCUAUCCCUUCAACCUGCCCGGAACCUUUUGCCAGACUGAUGGAAGAUUGUUGGAAUGCUGACCCACAUUCAAGGCCCUCCUUUGCCAAUAUUUUAAACCAUCUAACCAACAUUGAGGAGUCUGGUUUCUUUGAAAUGCCAAAGGACUCAUUCCAUUCCUUGCAAGAAGAUUGGAAAAUUGAGAUCCAGGAGAUGUUUGACCAACUCAGGGCCAAAGAAAAGGAACUGCGGACAUGGGAAGAAGAAUUAACCAGAGCCGCUGUUGAACAAAAGAACCAUGAGGAGUUUCUGCGGCGACGGGAGCAGGAGCUGGCAGAGCGGGAGAUUGACAUAUUGGAAAGGGAACUCAACAUAAUUAUCCACCAACUGUGUCAGGAGAAGCCGCGUGUGAAAAAACGUAUGGGCAAGUUCAGGAAAAACCGGCUCAAGUUGAAAGAUGGCAAUCGCAUCAGUCUUCCUUCUGAUUUCCAGCACAAGUUCACUGUACAGGCUUCUCCAACGAUGGAUAAAAGGAAAAGUUUGAUCAGUAGCUGCUCCAGCCCUCCUGCCAGCCCUACCAUCAUUCCUAGGCUCAGAGCCAUCCAGUUAACUCCCAGUGAAAGCUGCAAAACAUGGGGGCGCAACUCUGUAUGCCAGAAGGAAGAGGAAGGAGGAGAAGAAGAAAAAAGAGGCCAGAAGAAGAAAGGUCGCACGUGGGGCCCAAGUUCUCUUUGUCAUAAGGAGCUAACAGCAGGCGAGGAUGGUCUAAAGUGUUUGGAUGGAUCCAAACAGUGGUCAUCUAGUGCGCCAAAUCUAGGGAAAGUUCAGAGAACACCAGUCAUUUUCCCAGGAUUUACAAGCCUAACAGAGAUGGAGAAUGAAGACAGUGAUUCUUUGAAAAACGGAGAGACCAAGAUGCAGCAAUCACCUGGGUCUAACCAAUCAUACCUCUGCAUCCCAUUUCAGAGAAGUGAGGACUGGGAUGGCCAGUCCAGUGAUGCCAAUGAGGAAACCACUCCUAUGAACUCUACCACAAGCACCCCUCAGCUCACCCCCACUAACAGCCUGAAACGUGGAGGUUCCCAGCACAAACGAUGCGAGCUUGCCUUUCUGGGCUGUGGGGCUGUCUUAGCUGCUGCUGGCCUGGGCUUUGAUCUUUUGGAGGCUGGCAAGUGCCAGCUGCUAAGCCAGGAUGAGCUGGAUGCCCCCAAGGAAGAGAAGAAGAAACGUGAUAGUAUUUUCCAGCGGGCUGGACGUUCCCGUCGGAGCACCAGCCCACCUUCAAGGAAGCUCUUCAAAAAAGAGGAGCCGACAUUGUUGCUGGGCGAGCCAUCCAACUCCCUGACCCUUCUCUCUUUGUCUUCCAUUUCUGAAUGUAACUCAACCCGUUCCCUGUUACGCUCAGACAGCGAUGAGAUUGUGGUCUAUGAGAUGCCAGUCAGCCCCGUGACAGUGAAGGCUCCCUUGCCAGUAGUUAGUCACCCACUAGUUAAUAUCUGUGUUGAAAGGUUCAAGCGAGAUCCCAACCAGUCCUUGACUCCCACACAUAUGACUCUCUCUUCUGAAGCCCGCCAAAGGGGGCACAGACGGACUCCCUCUGAUGGUGCCAUAAAUGUGACUGGUCCGCUUGCCAAUGGAUCCCCUUCCAGGAAUUCUUCUGCAGCAGCAUUAGGAUCAGGUGUAUUAAAAACUCCCAGUCCAAGUCAGGGUCCAAAUGAAGUCCCUCGACUGCCAGACCCCAACCUCAUCUUUCCUCCAACCCCCAGGCGCCAUAAUGCUCAGCAAGACUCCAUGCUGGAGAGACCCAAGACCUUGGAAUUCCUACCUAGGCCACGCCCUUCAGCUAACAGGCAGCGGGUUGACCCCUGGUGGUUUGUAUCCCCCAGUAAUGCUAGGGGCGAGUCCUCUGCUAAUAGCUCCAGUACUGAAACUCCCAGUAACCUGGACUCCUGCUUUGCCAGCAGUAGCAGCACUGUUGAAGAGAGGCCUGCACUGCUUUCUUUCCGUGUCAGAUUGCCUGAAGAGGAGCGGACACUGUUGGACAUGGAUGUUGAAGGGCAGAGCCAGGACAGCACCGUGCCGCUAUGCAGAACUGAACUCAGAACACGCAAACCUGCAGCAUAUGAACUCAAGCAAGAGUUCUGGUCCUAGCAUGAAAUCCACAAGGGAUUGGUAAGCUCCUUUAGAUUCAGUUCUACUUCUUGCACUAAGAAUGCACUUUGAAGACAGGUGAAGUAGAGAGAUGCUGCUGAGGUCAUAUCACAGUGCUGUGUCCACUAACAGAUAUGGUAUUGGGGUACCUGGCCUUUUGUAAGUACAUGUAGCUAAGCUACACAGAGCUGCUGACUCUUCUUGUGGGGUUUCCUGUGGUCUUCCUUGUAUUUUCAUUACAGUGUUAAACUGCAACAAGUAAUGUGGGCAAGUAAGCCUCCAUUCUUGACCGUCAAGAACUCAGAUACCCUCUGUUGGUAUGGGUUUUGUAAUAACCUCAACUCCUACCUUUUAAAUGCAAUGAUAAGCAGUGUUUGUCUACACUGUUACAAUGCAGGAAUAUAUAUAAAGGUUUAAGUGUGUCUGAACCAGCAUUCUUGUUGCAUUUGAUUGAGCUUUUCUCCCUUGAUGUCCCAGAACAAAUGUUCACUCAUUUUUGGUAUGCAUACAGUUCCUCCUCCUAGAACUGGCCGCUGGGGGGGUGGGGCAUUCAGGAUCUUGCCAAUGACCCAUAGCACCCACCUCUAUACUUUUUAUGCAUCGUGCUGAAAAAAGGCGGAGCCACCUGUUUCUUAGUUUCUGAAAGUAAAUGUUAAAUAAAAAAGGGAUGUCUCAGGUUGCAGUGGUGCAAAAGGAUUGGGGCAAUGGGGUGGAGCUCUGAUAGUGGAGAACUAGAGGUGGGACUCUGAGAUUUUGGCUUGGACCCAUCAUACAUGAGCAUGAAGUUUAAUGAGACACAACCAGGAAGUGGUGAAACACAAUGAUUAAUCUUGUAAUUUGAUAUGAAACAUUGCAUUCUUUCACAAAUUUUGGUAGUACAUCGCAUGAAAAACUGCCAGUCAGGAUAUGCCCUUUCCCCCCUGAAUCUUACUUCAUUUAGGUAAGUAAUUUCCAGAUUUAAUAAUCAAUUUGUCCCCCCAUUGUUGAGCUGACAAAUAGCCCACCCCCAAUACCAUGUACAUGGCUAUUCUAUUCCAAAAAGAAAAAUCACAGUGAGCAUUAUAGAGAUUCUGGUGGAGAGAAACAGCUUGCACACUUGACCUUAAUGACAAGACUUGGGGAUACUUGGAAAGCAAAUAGAAGUCUCCAGGUCUCAGCAGGAACUGAAGAGCACAUGCAGUCCCACUGGUCUAGUAUCAAAUAGUGCUCAGAGCAUAACAGAGCUUAUUACCCCCCCCCCUCUGCAAUCUCCUCCCCCACCAUCUCAGAUUUCAGGAGGACUACAUUAUGCCUCCAAAGUUCAGCAUUUUGUCAUGUAAGGCCCCUUCCAGGACCUUUGGUGUGCAUGAAUUUUGGCAAGCUACUGAGGCCAGCCAAAAUCCCUGGACCCCUGCUGCUAUCACACUCUUGUAUGACUAGAUCUAUUUCUCCCAUCUGGUUUUAAAUUAUUGUUGCCAUAUUAAAAUAAAGACCUAUCUGAAGUUUUGAAAAAGGUGUUUAAAACCUCUCUCAUGUAAGUUUCCUUUUUUAUUCCUAGGCUGUAAUCCCUUUUGCCUAUGUUCCUGACAUGUCAUGAAUUGUAUCUAUAGCAGUUUACUACUUAUCUCUGUUGAAAAAGUGGGUAUAGAUCAUUACUAGGAAUCAAAAGUGGUCACUCUUAAGGGGUUUUGUGUAAACUUGUAGAAAUAUUGUUGUCUAGCAUCUAAAUAAUAAAAAUCUGAAAAUCUGUGCUAGUUCAGGUUUAAUUUUGGUUCUGCCACCAGCUUGCUGUAUGACAUUGGGCAAAUCACUUUUGCCAUAUGUGCCUCAGUUUCUCCAUCUGUACCAAGAGCUACCUCAUGCAGCAGAAGUGUAGUCUUAUUGUGCAAGUUGAACCAUAUCAGUGCACCUUAAAUAGAAGUGGGGCUAUACAACUUUGUAACUUUAUUGAGUUCUAUAUGCUGAGGAAGCAGUCCCCCUCUGGCAGUUUUAGUGCUAUGUAAGUGAUCUGCUAGUUCAAGGUGAGUUUGUGCUCUAUGCCAGUCCAGAUGAGCCAAUAUAAUCUAUAUUUUCUUGAAGACAUGUAGACUGUCUAAAUGGCUCACUCCAUGAGAGUCAAGCCCUGCUUAGCAUUUAACUUACUGCAGUUAUAAGCACCUGCAAGUCAAGGGUGGUUCAUUCCUAACUCUGGUACUGGUAAUUUGAAGUCAGCAACUUUCCUUAUUCUAGAUUGCAUCCAUUAAAAAAAAUUAGACGAGCCCUGGCAGGGUCUUGCCCUUGCCCUUGAACUCUGAACUUUAGGAAAGGGGUGGGGGAGCCCGUGGGCCCCCAAAAUACUGUUGGGCUACAGUUUCCAUCACUCCGGACCAUUGGCCAUGAGGACUGGGGCUGAUGGGAGUUGGAGCCCAAGAACAUCUGAAAGGCCACAGGUUCCCUGUUCCCACUUCAUGGUGAUGUUUAGGCACUAUACCUUUUUAAAGAAUUCAGGCCCAUUACUAAAACUGUGUGAUUACCAUUAUGAUUUAAAUAAUCAUAGUCCAAGAACCUGCAGUGCAGGAAUCUUUUGCCCAAUGUGGGGCGUGAACCCAUGACCCUGGGGUUAAGAGUCUCAUGCUCUACCAACUGAGCUAUCCCAGCUCUGCAGCUGAUGUACAUUCUGCAUCAAAUGCAGCUUUCAGUACACCAUUUCUUUAAAGCUGUUGCCUUUUAGGACACCAAAUUGUCCUUCAGGAACAUCAGUUUCCUAGUAUGAAAUCUCUAUAAGCCCACAGUAUGCAAGUUUCCUACUUGUAACUGACCUUUGCAUGGUCCUCUGUGCAAUCAAACAACACCCCUCUUCAUUUUCUGCUGCAAGAGUUUCUUGCAGUUUCUUCACUACUUCCACAACGGCUGAGUGAAAGGUGCUUGCUCCUCUUCUCCCAAGCUCUUCCUGAGAGGAGAAGGCAGGCAUCCUAGGUUGUCAGCCCAAAUUCUUGUGGUUCUGGAGGUUGCUGUGCAUACCUGGAGAUUCCAUUUGUAUAACUCUGCAGAUGACUACUUUAACAUUAAUAACAAUUUAAUAUCUGUGUUUCUAUUUUUGAUCAGGAUGCCAAAUCCAAAACAACUUUUUUAAUUUUUUGGCUUGCAAAAUCAGCUUUCUUGAAGAGCUCAUGUUUGCCAGCACUUAACUACUUAAGGUGAUUUGCUUGGGUCUCCUUUAUGGGUCUGGUUUAUGUUUUGUUGAAAGGCUGUGUUCAUGUGGAGUAAUUCCGCAUGUAGGAUGUUUCUCAUAGGCUAGUCCCUGUGAUCUUGCAUGCCCAGGUGUAGCAUACUCUCACGUCUGAUGUUUGUGUAGGUGCAAUGUGACAAAUGUUUUGUAAGGCACCUUGUAGAGAGAGUUUGGUUCUUGAUAUCUGCUGAUUCAGUCUACUGUGCUGAACCCCCCUCAGGGCUUUUGUCCCAAUUGCCAUGUUCACAAAAGUAUCUCGAACGCAGUAGCAUUAGAAAGCACUCCCCAACCCACUCCCAAAAUUAAUAUUACAAUCUGUUUACUACAUAAAUGCUACUGUGUGCUUUGUUUUGUGAUGGUGGUUAAGUGAUGUUGGAGCCUGCCUUUUAACUUCGGCUCAGCUGUAAGCUGGCAGUGGGAAUGACUGACAGCCCCUCCCCCCCAAAAAAACAAGCUUUGUGACACAACCUGUUGUCUCUUACCCUUUGGGGCUUAAAAAUGGUAAUUAAAUGGCAUCAGUGACUGGUUUGUUUCACUGUAGCUAACACAUCUACAGGUUACACUUUUGCAUAAUCUACUGUAUCUCUGUUCUUUGUCAAUGUGUUAUGUGCAUACCUUUGAUACAUUUUUAAUUUAUGCUAGAGAAUAAUAACUAAAUUAAAAUGGAGCUAAUUGAAGUUGAUAAUAUAUGUUUGCUUUUCUCUUUGCUUCCCCUCCCUGGAUGUAUGGUGGGGGAUGGGAAAGUAAAACAAGGGUGCCAAGCAGGCUUGGUUCAAUGGCUACAAUUAUUAUUGUAUUACAGUGUAAUGCUAUUCUAGGCCUUGUCUCAAGAUUAGAGCACACAAACUUGAAUAAAACCGUUAUAAACACCAA